CGAGUUCAACAAUUUUACCGUUUGUAAACUUUAUUUAACACGAUCAUGUCUCUGCGUUUGAUUGACAGUGAAAGCUCGAGCUUUGGAGAGAAGCCUUUGGAAGAGUUUUUUAACAACACUGAGUUGUGUGUUCAGUUUUUCAGUAGCAAUCUGUCCGCGUUUCUUAAAGAAAUCGAGAUUUACACGCUCGAAGCGAUCAACUCUAUCAAGUUUGUAUACCUGACUGACCUUAUCAACUUGGUGAACACACUCAGAGGCCACACUUCCAAUUAUGAUGGACAUUGGAGAAAUGAAGUGGUUCAGAAGUUGAAAGAGUCUCAGCAUUUUGCCUCUCUUACUCGGAAACAGAACGAAUUAUUGCAACAGUUUUUUAUCGAGCAGCUCAACAUAAACGUAUUUGAAGAGGGUAAAUUUCCAAAUAUUGUUCUUAAAGAAAAGCAAGCCAUUACCUUCCUCAUAUGUAAACCACACCCUAAAGCCAGACACCUUACCAUGAAAGAUUUCAAUUCCAUGUUUAUUGCUUUCCCCUGUGCCAAAUCAGUCUGUAUCAACAAACUCACUAUUGACGCAGACAGUUUUGAUACAAUUUGCAACAAUACUCAAGUAGAGUAUCUGCACAUAAAGCUCAGUACAGCUCCCAGCAAACCAAUGAAAUUGAUCUUGCAUUUACUCAAAUACUUUGAAAAAGCAUUGAAAUCUUUCAAGAUUGAAAGAACUGGUGAUGACAAAAAGAAAAUCAGUCCCACAUAUGAUUCUACAGCUGACAAGAAGUUGAUUGCUACAUUCAAUCUUGAUUUGAAACAGCUACAAACAAUAGCCAUUGAUUAUUUCUAUCAUUCUAUCCCAAUUAUAGCUCUUUUCAAGCAACUAAAUCCUGAUCAUUUGAAGAGUGUGUCCGUAUUAGGCCUUACAAGUCCAAAACUUAUGCUGGAGUAUCUUUUGGCUGCUAAUUCUUUGGAGCAUUUGGCUAUUUCUACCAUCAGUUGUCCUGAUUUCUUUACGCUGCCCAUGAUCAAGUCUCUCAAAUCAUUAUCUUUUACUUGGCUUGACGUUGAGAAGAGAAUUGAUGUCAUAUCUCUCUUGAAAAACUUCCCCAUGUUGACUAGUCUUGAAGUAGGCUACGAUGGUAAAUGGGGGAGUAUAACUAAAAAUACUGAUGAAUUGCAAGAAUACCCUCACUUAAAACAUCUUGGUUUACGAUAUGUUGCCCUUCAAGAAAAUGAUAUUGACGAAUUACACAACUGUGUUCCCAAUCUCAAAGAAAUUGUAUUAACAAGCUGCAAAAUUGGUCAAUCCAGAACUGAAACGGAGACUGGACUUUCACUUUCACAAUACGAACUUAACUUUCUUACUAUGAAAGAUUGUUCCCUCUUUUUCUCCAAGAAAGAUACUAACUCUAAGGAUCGACUUAUCUCAAAAUAUGUUAUAUCCAUCUACUCUGAAACGAAAUUUACUGCCCAUGUAUCUAGUACUCAAAAACUGACUAAUAACAGUUUACCUAUGCUUAAUAAUACCUUUACAUACAUUCCAUCAGUUCAUGAUUCUAGUUUCACAGACGACAAGAGUUGCACAGUUAUCAUCUCAGUAAAAAAACUUGGAAAAUUGUGCCUUGAUCAAGAUGAAGUCAACGUAGUGGAAAUCAAGCCUCUUGACAGCGAUAUCGCUCAAGAAAGUGCUCCAAUGGAAAAUGAUGGAGCACUUUUUGAUUUCAGUCCUGUGUUCGAUAACUAUGAUGACACCGAGUUUUUAAAAGAUGAAGUUGAAGAACACAUUAACGAAGAAGAAAUAGCACUUGAAGAAGUAGUAUUUGAAGAACAAAUCAACGAAAAAGAUAUAACAGCUGAAGAAGCAAUAGUCGAAGAGGUAGCACUUGGAUCAAAAGCUGAAAAAAGUAUAGAAUCUAACAAGGAAGCAACAACUAAAGAAGAUGGGCUGCCUGAAGAAGACAUAUCUUAUCAAGAAGAUGCAGCGAUUGAAAAACAAGUGGUGUUCGAAGAAGAAGCAUUGCUCGAAGAAGUAACAUUGGAAGAACAUGAGCAAGAACUCGAAGAGACCGAAAAUAUAAAGCCAGCGAAGAGAAAAACUAUUGAUGAUGACAGUGAUUUUGAUCCUGUUGAAGUGGUCUCUUCCAGCAAUGAUGAUAGUAGUAGGGAAGAGGAAGCAGUAGAAACACGUAGAUCAACUCGCAAAAAAGCCCGAGUUAUCGUUAAGAGACAACGACCAAAGCGUGGAAAAUACACAGAAAAAACAUCUGAUGAAUCUGAUGGAUUUGAAGAAGAGGAUAAAGAGGACGAAGAAGCCCAUCGUAAAAGAGUCAGCGAAUUUAUGCGAAAAGUUAGAGAGUAUAAGCCUGUCAUUCGUCUUUAAAAUAAAGUAAAAGAGGAAUUAUA